AUGGAGAGAUCGGAGAGCGAAGAGGAGCAGAAGGAUGCGACGAAGAAGGGCGUGAAGCGGAAGAGAGCCCCUCGCACGAAGGGGCCAUGCGACCACGGGGUGAAGCCUCGGUCGAACUGCAAGGUGUGCAGCGGUUGUCCCCACGGGAAGUGGCGCCGUUUUUGCAAGGAGUGUGGCGGGUCUCAAGUCUGCGAGCACGGCCGUCAGCGCUCUCAUUGCAAGGAGUGCGGUGGGUCUGCAAUCUGCGUGCACGCUCGUGAGCGCUCUAAAUGCAAGGAGUGCGGCGGGGGUGGAAUCUGCGUGCACGGCCGUCGCCGCUCAGUGUGCAAGGAGUGCGGCGGGGGAUCAAUCUGUGAGCACGCUCGUAUACGCUUUUACUGCAAGGAGUGCGGUGGGUCUCAAAUCUGCCAGCACGGCCGUGUGCGCUCUUACUGCAAGGAAUGCGGCGGGGCAUCGAUCUGCGUGCACGCUCGUGAGCGCUCCAAGUGCAAGGAGUGCGGCGGGGGCUCAAUCUGCGAGCACGAUCGUGUACGCUCUUCGUGCAAGGAGUGCAAGAGAAAUCGCUCGACUCCACCGCAACGAUAA